AUGGGCUUCGAGAAGCAGCUUCGCGUCAUUGUAGACAACAUUCGUCCUGACCGCCAGAUCCUUCUGUGGCUUUCCUCCCGUUGCAUUGUUGCGAAGCAAAUGAUAGAAGAGUGGAUGAGUGAUUACGUGACCGUCACCUUCGGUACGGCUUCACGUGAGGACCAAGUGUGUAAAGUGGAACAUGUUGUGUACGUUUGCGAGACAGCUGAGAAAGAGCAGAAACUCGCAGCGCUUUUCAACGAUAUUCUUAGAGAGGAAAGUGACAAGGCAAUCGUUUUUGUCGAACAGAAGCAAACGGUAGAAGAUAUUGUGUCCUACCUGCGCUUGCAAGGUUGGCUCGCCAUCGGCAUACAUGGGACUAUGACUGCACAGAAACGUGAAUAUGCACUGAACACGCUAAAGCUCGAGAAGGUCCCCAUAAUGGUGACGACCAACGUGGCAGCCUGGGCUCAAGCAGUGGACAAAGUGCGUUUCGUGGUGAACUAUGACUGCCCAAGGAGUUCAAGCGAAUACUCGCGCCGCUCCAAGUACGCGAGUGGACUCGUCGGAGCGGGUGUAAUGUGCAGUUUCAUAGCACCACAUGAAACUCGACUUUCCAAGGAGCUGAUAUCAUUUCUCCGUGAGACCAAGCAAGUUAUACCACCAGAGCUAAGAAAGGUAGCAAAUGGAAUCAGAUGCAGAGUGCUGGUCGCCCGAGCACUGAGAAAUCUGUACCCGAGUGCUGAGUGCACACCACCCUACUACAAGGCGCUUGUGGCGCUCUCUCAGGAACUCACAGCUUCGAACCCGGACCUCUACCUGUAA